UGACGUUUGUCUCUGUUGACAGUAGUAAAACCCCACACAUACACACACACACCCUCACACUCACACUGCCUCUCUCUUGUUCACACGCUCCCCCUCCGAGCUGCCAGUGAGCCUCCGCCGCUCUGCGCUUCUCCAUCAGCGCGUCUCUGCUUUACGCGUCCCGGCUGUGCGCACAUCCAUCCAACCAUCCAACCCACCCUGCCCCAUCCGGAGCUACAACCCAGGGCUGAGUCUGAACGGAACCUGUGACUGGAGGGAGGGAUACAAGUAGGAAUAUGUCUUCUUCAGGGAUGGAGUGUCCGAAGCUGUCGGAGGAACAGGUCAAACUGCUGGAGGAGAAUUUUAAAGUGGGGAGAUAUCCGGACGGGACGUCGCUCAUGCUGAUCGCUGCGGAGUGUGGGCUGUCAGAGGACGAAACACGAAAAUGGUUCCAUCUGCGUAACGAACAGUGGAGGCAGGCGGAGGGUCUUCCAGUGGGCCGGGGGAAAGUGUAUGACUGAAGGAUCUGCUGGAUUACACCUGAUGCUCUGCCGUGACGUUGCUUUCUCCUGGACAAACUGACCCUGCCGGCUCCUCCUCACAUGUGUCCGAAUCCUCUUUUUUGUAUCUAUGAAGCUAUUUUGACUUACUGUAUGGAAUGUGAAGGUGUUUGUGUGUUGUUGCCAAUAUAACCCCCAUGUUUACAGAAAUAAACGUAUUAUUAUAUUAAGUUAAAA